CGCUGUGAGCACAGUAACAGUAGUGUGUGUGCGUGUGUGGUCAAAUCUGAAGACGUUGACAGAACAGAACCGUCAUGGCUCCGCUCAAGUUUUGUGCCAACCUGACGUGGCUGUUCACGGAGCUUCCGGACUUCAGCCAGCGGAUCCACGCCGCCGCCGCGGCCGGUUUCAAGGCCGUGGAGGCGGCGUGGCUCUACGACUGUGAGCCGGGGGAGCUUCAGCGAGCCAGGGAGGACACAGGUGUGGAGGUGGUGCUCAUUAACACCCCGCCAGGAAAUUUAAAGGCAGGUGACCUUGGUUUGGCAGCAGUUCCUGGCAGAGAGACAGAGUUCAGACAGGGUCUGGAUGUGGCCGUGAACUACGCUAAAGCCCUGGACUGCAAGAGGAUCCACCUGAUGGCAGGGAGAGUUCCUGUGGAGUCACACAGGUCAGCGGUUGCCAAGGAGAUGGAGGCCGUCUUUGUCCGGAACCUGAGCUACGCAGCAGACGUCCUGUCAAAGGAAGGAAUCACUGGACUGAUUGAACCAAUCAACACGAGGAUCACUGAUCCCAGGUAUUUCCUGGACUCUCCUCAUCACGCGGCUGAGAUUCUGGAGAAGGUCGGAAAACCCAACAUCCAGCUGCAGAUGGACGUUUUCCACUGGCAGAUAAUGGACGGAAACCUGACUCAGAACAUACAGAAGUAUUUACCUUUAAUAGGUCACGUUCAGGUCGCUCAGAUUCCAGGCAGGAACGAGCCCGACAGCGACGGAGAGCUCAACUACAACUACCUGUUCAACCUGCUGGAGAGACUCAACUACCAGGGAUACAUCGGCUGUGAAUACCAUCCUCUGUGCUCCACAGAGGAAGGUCUGGGAUGGAUCAAAAAUUACUGGACAUGCAACAAGCAGUGAUGGGACAGUCUCCUGACUGUUACACUGAUUUAAACACAAAAAAAACACCCUUGCAUUGAAUUCCAUUCAUUUGGGCAAACCUAAAUAAAACCAUUUUUCCCU